AUGCCCGCCCCGGGGUUGGAACCCACGGGCGGCACCGACACCCCCCCACCCCCGCACCCCACGACUUAUCGGGACCCCCUUCCCUUCCCUGACAGUCCCCCCGCCCGCCUCGCAGCCUCCCCCCCGGGGAUACGCGGGGAGCGGGGGAGCCGCGGGGAGCGGGCACCUGUCGCGGGAUCGCUCCUCCCGCCGCUCCGCACCGCUCCUGCCGAGGGCUGCCCGGUGCCGGCGGUGACACUGCAAGCUGCCAUGUGGCCGGCGGCUCUCCCCGGCGUGGUGUCGGCCAGCGAGGUGCUGCUGGUGGCCGCGGUGUUCUGCCUGGUGUUCCUGCUGCUGCAGCGGCUGCAGCCGGCCGUGCCCGCGGGGCUGCGGCGGCCGCCGGGCCCGCGGGGCUAUCCCGUGCUGGGGAACGUGCUGGAGCUGCGCGGGGACACGCACCUGGCGCUGACGCGGCUGAGCCGGCGCUACGGGGACGUGAUGGAGGUGCGCAUCGGCACGCGGCCCGUGCUGGUGCUCAGCGGGCUGGACACCAUCCGCCAAGCCCUGGUCAAGCAAGGAGACGACUUCAUGGGGAGACCCGACCUGCCGAGCUUCCGUUACGUCUCCAACGGGCAGAGCCUGGCGUUCAGCCCCGACUCCGGGGAGGAGCACAUCCGGGACAUCACGGACUCGCUGAUCGGGCACUGCCAGGAGAACAGUGUCGGGGAGGACGCCCGCGUCCAUCUCUCCGACGAGAAGAUCAUCCACAUCGUCAACGACCUCUUUGGGGCAGGCUUUGACACUGUGACAACAGCCCUGUCCUGGAGCCUCAUGUACGCUGCCUUGUACCCCGACGUCCAGAAGAAGAUCCAGGAGGAGCUGGACCGGACCAUCGGGCGGGAGAGGCGGCCGCGGCUGUCGGACCGGGGCACGCUGCCCUACACGGAAGCCUUCAUCCUGGAGGUGUUCAGGCAUUCCUCCUUCCUGCCCUUCACCAUCCCACACAGCACCACAAAAGCGACAGUGCUGAAUGGCUACUACAUCCCCAAGGACACCUGUGUGUUCAUCAACCAGUGGCAAGUGAACCACGAUGAGACGCUGUGGAAGGAGCCCUCAGCCUUCAGGCCCGAGCGGUUCCUGAGCGCGGCGGGGACGGAGCUGAGCCGCACGGAGAGCGAGAAGGUGCUGGUCUUCGGGCUGGGCAGGCGCCGCUGCAUCGGGGAGACCAUCGGCCGCUGGGAGAUCUUCCUCUUCCUCACCACGCUGCUGCAGCAGCUGCACUUCAGCCUGCGGCCCGGGGAGCACGUGGACGUCACCCCCCAGUACGGGCUGACCAUGAAGUACAAGAAGUGCGAGGCUUUCCAGAUCCGGCAGCGGUUUCCCGUCGGGAGCUCUCUGUGAGCUGCUGGAGGGGCUUGGAGCUCGGCCCCUCGCUGCUCCGCUGGAGGAUGGUUCUUCUCCGGGGGUGGCAGCUCUUCCCUCCCACGUGGAUGUUCCCCAGAGGUGUCUUGGAGAGAGCCAGCCUGUGGUGGGGACGGGGUGCUGGAGGGUGGGGUGUGAUGUCCUCCACCUGCCACGGGCAGCUCCCUCCAUCCAAACACAAACAAACCUGCUGGUUCCUCUCAGGUGACCCUGCCCACCUUAUCCCACGGGGUGGAAUCCUCUUUUCCAGCUCCUUGCACCACUGGGAUGGAUCCUUCCUGCUGCUUCAGAAAGGUUCUGGAGCCUUCAGCAGCGCCCACCUCGAGGGGACCCAUCCUGGGCGCACCCACACACCUAAAUUCUUUGAAUGUAAACUCCUGGAGUGAAUUCCUGAGUUAAUUCCUACUGAUUAAAAAAAAAAAAAAAAACAAAAAAAACCCACCACCUGCUGAGCCUCUCACAAAUUGAGAUUUUAAAUUACCUCCUGGAAAAUCUCCAAGGGCUGGGAGAAAGGCACAGAGAACUGUAGGACACUCCUGGCUUUCACACUAACUCUGCACUUGCUGCCUUUUUUAAUGUCAGGGUUUUUUUUCCUUUAUCAAGCAAUAGAUUUCUGUGUCCAGGUUAAGGAGCAAGGCUCUCAGGAUUGCAGGAGGGGCCUUUUGCUGCGUUCAGCUGUAGCCAGCAGGAAGGAUGAAGCCUCGUGGCAAACGGAGCAGCAAUUCCUGCCUCUUUGUGCCUGCUUGGGAUGCAGUCUUGUGCUGGGGUGGAAACCACACCA